CCUAUUAUAAAAAAGGCAUUGCCCUCGAUUUUUCAAUCCCAACUCUCCUUAAGAAUUUCCCCGCACCACCCCGCACCACCCGAGGCCAUCACUCGCUCACCCAAAACAAACACCAACAAGAAGCAAACAAAAUGCAUCUCCCACCCAUGCACGCCGAGUCCAGCAUCGCGUACCUCCAACAACUCAUCCGCGACAACCCGCUAGGCAUCCUAACAACAGCCAUCCGAUCGCCAUCCCACCCAUUCCUCCAAUCCAGCCACAUCCCCUUCGUCCUCGACGUGCCCGCCGAGAAUGCCGACGACGCCCACCCGGGCAUCCUCCGCGGCCACAUGGCCAAGCAGAACCCGCAAGCCAAGGCGCUGAUGGAGGCGCUGGCGGCGCAGCAAGCCGAGCAAAACGCCGACGGCGCGCUGGAGCUGCCCGACGAGGUGCUCGUGCUCUUCAACGGGCCGCACCACCACUACGUGACGCCCAAGUUCUACACGGAGACGAAGCCGGCCACCGGGAAGGUGGUGCCGACGUGGAACUACUCGGGCGCGCAGGCGUACGGCAAGAUCCGUGUGUACUGUGACUCUAAGUCUGAGGAGACGGGUUCGUAUCUACAGCGGCAGGUGGAGGAUCUGUCUCGCCAAUCUGAGACGCGGAUCAUGGGGUACCAGAAGCCGUGGGAGGUGGCGGAUGCGCCGGUCAACUAUGUGGAGUUGCUGAAGAAGAAUAUCAUUGGGAUUGAGAUCCGCAUUGAACGGUUGCAGGGGAAGGUUAAGAUGAGUCAGGAGAUGGGGAAGGGAGAUCGGGACGGGGUGGUGAAGGGGUUUGAGGCGCUGGGGACUGAGGUGGGCCGGGGGGUUGCGAAGACGGUGCGAGAGAGGGGGGAGAUGAAGGAGAAGGCGAAGGCGAAGGAGUAA